CAGAGGAGAAAGGGUAAAAGUUGUUUUUUAUUACAGCAUGGCUUCACAUGUAGGAUGUUUGCUGGCAGUUUGUGUCAUGCAAGAAGAUAAAACCAUAAAAGUAUUCAUGACUCAUGGCUCAAUAUCUCUGUAAUGACUUUUCUGCAGGGGAGUGUGCUUCAAAUUCAGGGACCUCGCGUUUUAAGGGCUCUAAAGGAGACGGGGGUGAACGCGGCCCACCAGGCUAUGAUGGAGAUAAAGGAGAGAAGGGCGAGGACGGUCCUCCUGGAGUCAAGGGAGUAAAAGGAGAUGCAGGUACUAAGGGUGCGUUGGGGAGGUUUGGAGCAGAGGACCAGUUGGCCAGAAGGGAGAUCCAGGGGAGCCAGGACUCAAUGGAGUUGUGGGUCGCAAUGGGGACCAUGGCGUGGAUGGAGCCAAGGGAGACAAAGGAGAUUUAGGACUGGAUGGCCAGAAGGGCAAUCAGGGGGAUCCAGGAGAACCAGGCUUAGCAGGAGACAAAGGAGAGAAGGGAGAGAAGG